UCACAAUCACAAUCACAAAUACAAACACAGCCCUCGACUACGACCACGACGACGACGAAUAAAUCGACGAUAAAGUCAACAAAUAACAACAAUAUGGAGCCAAUUAUAAUUCCAAAGAAGGAUGUGUCGCUCAUCACUGCCAAGUCAGAGGAGGGCUCCAAGCACACAUUCUCCGAAGAGGAGAAGGUGGCCUACUCCAAGUUCAUCUCUGAGCGUCUGCACGAGCAAAAGACAUUGCUCGCCGCCUACAUCCCCAUCGAUCCAACCUCCAACAUGCUGUUCACCGUCUGCACAGAUGGUGUUCUACUCAACAAACUGAUGGAAUCAUUGUUCCCAACAUUGGUCGAGCUUAAGGGUCUUGUGAUCAAGGCCAAGAUCAACCCAUUCGAGAUCAUUGGUAAUCAGAAUAUUGUGAUCAAGAAUGCUACAAAGGUUGGAUGUAUCAUUGUUAACAUUGGAGCUCAGGACUUGGUCGACGCCACACCAUAUCUGGUACUAGGUAUCAUCUGGCAGAUUAUCAAGGCUGGUCUGAUGGCCAGAGUCAACCAGAAUGCCAACGAGGAGAUCCUCGACAUGCUGUUUGAAAAGACCGAGCCGACCGCUUCGUCGGCUCAGGUCAAGUCCAAGGAGGAGCCAUCGCCAGAGCAGAUCUUGCUCAGAUGGGUUAACUACAAUCUUGAAGAGGCCAAGGUCGAGAGAAGAAUCAACAACUUUGGCGAGGACAUCCAGGACAGCUUUGCCUACUCUCACCUUUUGGCUCAGCUCAUCCCAAGCGAGUUCUCUGGCCUUGUCGCCAAGGUGGCCGCUGAGAGCGACCCCCUCAUCAAGGCCAAGUACAUCAUUGACGCAUGUGAGAAGAUUGGCGUCGAGUUCUUCCUCACUCCAUCAGAUAUCGCAACCGGUCAUCCAAAGCUUAACCUGGCACUGGUCGCUUCAUUGUUCAACUCAGAGGCAGCCAUUGCUGACAUGAGACAUAGAUUGGAGCAUGAGAGAUCAGAGCGCGAGAGAAUGGAGAAGGAACGCGUAGAGCACGAGAGAGCUGAGCGAGAGAGAUUGGAAAGGGAGAGAAUUGAGCGUGAGCGUCACGAGGAGGAGCGUCUGGAGAAAGAGCGAUUGGAGAAGGAGCGCUUGGACAGAGAGCGUGCCGAUCAGGAGAGAAUGGAACGUGAGCGCCAAGAGAAGGAGCGCGUAGAGCGUGAGCGCCAGGAGCACGAGAGGAUUGAGCGUGAGCGAAUUGAGCGCGAGCGAUUGGAGCGCGAACUACAAGAGAAGGAGCAUGCUGAGCGUGAGCGUUUGGAGCGUGAGCGAUUGGAGAGAGAGAAGGAUGAGCGCGAGGCUGCCGAGCGUGAGCGUCUGGAGAACCUCAAGGAGUACCGCAUUGCCACCCGCAUUCAGGGCCGUAUUGCCGAAAGCCCAGAGCUGUUUGAGAACAUGCAGAAGCUGAACGGUGACAUCACAGAGCUCAAGCGUAACCUGAUCGGCGAGCUGAGGAACACCAGCGCCCUCCGUGGUGAGCUGCGUCGCCUGACCAAGACAAUUGACCGCGUGCUCGAGAACAAGAAGGAGCGCAAGAGUUUGAAGAAGAAGCAGAUGAAGAAGAAGAUCAAGCCAGUCAAGGGCGUACCCAACGGUCUUGCACCCGCCAAGAUGAGGAACUACCAGAACCUGUUCCACUUUAUCCAGACCCAGCCAUCAGUCAUGGUCGACCCGGUCUGGGUCCACAAGCAGUUGCAGAACGACAAGGAGAUCAAGGAAGGCCGCAAGUCUGCCAAGGUCAAGCUCACUCCAGAGCAAGCCAUGGAAGACCCCCAGGUCGCCCAGAUCGUCCAGGCUCGCACCGCCCAACUCCUGCAGUCAUGUCAAGAGUUCUUUGACCACAUUGUCAAGUCCGUUGAGCAGUUGCCCGUCCAACUGCGCUACUUGUGCCGUGAGGUCGGUGACAAGUGCAAGGCCAAGUUUGGCAAUAAGGAGAACACUGACGGCCUGGCCACAUACUACCUGAUCAUAUACCGUUUCAUUGCUUCAGUGAUCGCCUCACCAGAGCAGUUGAACGAGCUGGUCCUGCUCUCCCACCCACUCAUCUCGCCACAGGCUCGCCAGAACCUUUCCCUCGUCUCGCGUCUUCUACAGUCGGCAUUCUCUGGCCAGGUCUGGAAGAUGCCAUACAGCACACCCACUGUCGCCGCAUGGGUCGAGGCCAACAAGGCUGUGGCCGCCAAGUUCAUCGAGGUUGUCCCUCGCGUGGCUGACCUCAACGAGCUGAUUCAUUACCGCGAGUACAACGAGGUGAUGAUCGAGAACAACAUCAACUUCUGCACUGUGGUCAACCUCACUGAGGUCAUCUGGCUGCACGACGUCAUCCUCGACUUUUACUACGACCUUGUCGACGUUGGCACACUCGCGAUCGGCGCCUCCUCCAUGGACCUGGCGCGCUCCAACUACAAGCUCUCUGACAAGACCCGUUAUGCCACCAACAAGGGCAACCACACAUCAUGGUGGCUCAAGCAGUCGCUGGACGCACUAGAGUCGCCCCUCCAGCUGCCCGAGCAAGGUGAUCGUAGCAUCCAGCUUACAUUCCUCAACAACAACGAGACACAGCCAACCGACCUGUACAAGGAGGCCAAGAUCUGGAUGCUGGAGAUCCUUUCCAAGACACCAGCACCCAAGAAGGACAAGAACACCGUCAAGAUCCUCGAGGAUGCCAUCGCCUUUUGUCGCUCUGGCAACAACAACUCGGAGAACAUGGACCUGAUCUCCAAGUGUGACAAGCUGAUCGAGCGUCUCAAGUCGUUCAAGCCAGAGCAGGUGUGCAGUGAGCCAUCCGUCUACGACGUGUUCCUCAAGGACGUCGAGAAGGAGCUGGAGUACAUCCUGCGCAAGAACAAGCUGAUGAAGUCCGAGUUGGCACGUCUGUACAGCCUGCUCAAGGAGGUGCGUAUCGACACCACGCCACUGGACCACCUCGUCAAGUUCCAGAAUGAGCAGCUGACCAAGGCCGUCGCCAAGAAGGAGCUGCGUCAGCAAAAGGCCAAGAUCGAUGCCAAGGACAAGCCAGUCAAGCAGAGCUUGGCCGAGCUGUUCAAGAAGGGCAUGGUCGUCUCGUGUGAUCUGCCCGAGGCAUCCUACAGCAAGACCACCGUGAUCAUCAAGCCAUUGGGCGGUGGUCUCUUUGAGAUUGAGGCCAGCAUUGGACCAGUCUCCAAGACCGUCUCCAUUGAGCUCGAUCGUCUCCUAGAGUACAGCAAGAAUCAUGUCGAUGAGUAUCCACUGGAGGGCAUCACACUCGAUGUCAACAUGACAAUCCAUGUCCUUAUGAAGUUGUUCGACCUA